UUCAUCUCUCUAAAAUAUCCAACAAGACCCCACACCAACCAAUAUUUAAAUUGGAGCAAAAGCAAUUGCCCGCACUGGUGCUCACCUUUCUCCCAAGCUCAAUCCAAAAGCCCUCACAAAAACCCUAGUCAUCUGCGCCUCCCCUCCACAAAACCCUAAUCAUCUUAAGAAAAAAAAUGGGUCGCCGCAAAGGCAACAACACAACUCAAACCUCGACGAGCUCUUCGAACAAAUUCGAAGGAACCAAGAUUCGUUUCCAAGACCCCGACGACGAGGAAGCCGCUACUGACAGCUCCAAUCUCGACGAUUCAAUCGUUGCCGUUGAUAAAGCUACUGAAGAUGUCUCCAUGGGAGAACCCGACGUUUCCUUUGUUGAUUGCGACGGCGAUGAUGAUAAAACCAGUGCUGAUUAUUACUUUGAUUCGUACUCUCACUUCGGUAUUCAUGAAGAAAUGCUCAAGGAUGUAGUGCGAACCAAGACUUAUCAAAAUGUUAUUUAUCAGAAUAAGUUUCUAUUCCAGAACAAAAUAGUUCUUGAUGUGGGAGCUGGAACUGGAAUUUUGUCCCUGUUUUGUGCAAAAGCAGGGGCAGCACAUGUUUAUGCUGUUGAAUGCUCUCAUAUGGCUGAUAUGGCUAAACAAAUUGUAGAAACAAAUGGCUUGUCUGAUGUUGUCACAGUUUUGAAAGGAAAGAUUGAAGAAAUCGAGCUUCCUGUUGCAAAUGUAGACAUUAUUAUAUCAGAGUGGAUGGGCUACUUUUUAUUGUUCGAGAAUAUGUUGAAUACAGUGUUAUAUGCCCGUGAUAAAUGGCUUGUCAAUGAUGGAAUUGUGCUACCAGAUAAAGCUUCUCUUUACUUGACAGCAAUUGAGGAUGCAGAGUACAAAGAUGACAAGAUCGAAUUUUGGAAUAAUGUUUAUGGCUUUGACAUGAGUUGCAUCAAAAAGCAAGCUAUGAUGGAACCUCUUGUUGACACGGUUGACCAGAAUCAAAUUGUGACGAAUUGCCACCUUCUAAAGACAAUGGAUAUCUCCAAGAUGGCUCCUGGGGAUGCUUCUUUCACUGCACCUUUUAAGCUUGUUGCACAACGUGAUGAUUACAUCCAUGCUUUUGUUGCAUAUUUUGAUGUAUCAUUUACCAAGUGCCACAAAUUGAUGGGCUUCUCUACAGGACCAAGAUCGCGAGCUACCCAUUGGAAGCAAACAGUCCUGUACCUAGAGGAUGUGCUAACCAUUUGUGAAGGGGAGGCAAUAAUUGGUAGCAUGACUGUUGCACCAAACAAGAAGAAUCCCCGAGAUGUCGAUAUAAUGGUCAAAUAUUCAUUGAGUGGUCGACGUUGUGUGAUUUCAAAAGUUCAAUUAUAUAAGAUGCGCUGAUUUUGUUGGAGUAUUCAUCACGACUAAGUAUCUGCAACAUAUCCAUAAUUUUAUGGCAUUGGCUAAAGAAUGAAGCUGCCGCUCCUAUUUAAUAUAUCUGUAUUCGAGUAGUCCUUAAUUUCCUUAGAAUGAGACGCUUAUAAAUUGGUUCUUUCUUCUAGAAUUGAAUUACAA